CGCGUUUUAUUCAUUGUGUUUAAUGCUUCUUCUAUCUGUGAUAAACAUCCCCCGGGUCUAUUCGUGACGAUUAUCCAGAUUUAGAACACAUUGGUAUUACAAUGCUGAACGUACAUCUUGUUCGCACGAGUUUUCAAACUGUGUUUCUUCUUAUUCCGCUGUCUUCGGAACGAACAGUGAAACAUGAAACGGGGACAGAAUUGAAUCCAUAGAUCACUUACUGUAGCUGUUUGAAACCUAACGGGUUCGAUGGACUGACUGACCUAUUUCUUUUUGAAGACAGGUAUUAGAUUUUUAAUUUAAGUGUUGGACAUUUUCAAUAUAAAAUGUGCUUUUUUGGGGACAUUUUAACUGCUAAAUUAUUUUUGAAUGGGUAACCGAAGUGAUGCGAUUAGUAUAGACGUCCAUCAAAAAAGGAAAAAAAAAGGAGAAAAUUAAAAUAUCAGACGUCCAUGCCGAUGUUUGGGGCAUCAAAGUUAUUUGAAACAGAAAAUUCAUGUUUUUAGUUGGAAUUAAAGACCACAGAAGCUUGUUUCUACUACUUAUCCUAAGACCUUGUCAUUCGCCACUAAUAAAAACAGUGGUGACGCAAAAGUACGUGUAGGAUUUAACGCAUUUGUUAGACUUUCAGUUGAUUUUUUAAAGACCUUAGCCUAUGUGUAUGUAACUCUUCUGAUUGAAUGAGAGGGUACACAUACUCAGGGUAUGUGCAUAUUUUAAAAUAUUUUUGUUAAUAUAAUGUUUAUGUAAAUUAUUUAUUUUUUCGUGAUUCCACAAUAUGAGACGCUUUAAUUGCAGAUGAAAUGAAAGGCUUUAUUUUCAGUACAGUUGCGCGGAGGUAACCGCUUGUGCCUCAGUUGCUCUGAAUAACUAUUUACUUUUUGUUCCAUCUAUCUUUGCUGGCUAGUUAGAAGUUUUCCUUUGAAAUGAGCCCAAAUCACGCUGAUUAUAGUAGUUAAUUCUUACAUGAAUGCAUGUUGCAGAUUUACGCACAGGGUGUCGCUGUUCACCAGUAAAAUUAAAUUCUGGAGAUACUAUAUCCUUUCAAUACCACACAGAAGGCUGUCUGAGCAGACAAACGUGAUGCCCGCAGCGUCAGCUAUUCUAACAAAGGAGACAUUUUUCAGAUGUUUUUAGACGGAACACGUUUAGUAUUGCUUGUUCCAUAUUUCCGGACAGACUAAUUCGUUGACAUGGAAUUCCAUGGCGUUAUUUUUGUAUUAUCUAUGGCAUGUAGUGUAGCUAGCUCUAAAAUGCGUUACUCCGUCCCAGAAGAAAUGGAGAAAGGGUCUGUGAUAGCCAAUUUGGCGAAGGAUAUCGGGGUUGAUGUGGACAGUUUAAUGAAACCGGAGCUCCGGAUUGCCCUGGGACCAGGCAAGCAAUUCUUGGAUGUAAACAAAGAAAAUGGGAAUUUAUACGUUGUGGAGAAAAUUGAUCGAGAGGAACUAUGUGGAUCUAAGACAAACUGCUUAUUGAACCUGGAGGUUAUCAUUGAAAAUACGCUGAAAAUAUACGCUGUUGAAGUGGAGAUCACGGACAUAAACGACAAUAGCCCGCGAUUUCCAAUAAAUCGCAUUGAACUAAAUAUUUCAGAAUCCGCUUUACCAGGAGAAAGAUUUUCUCUGAAAAAGGCCGUCGACCCAGACAUAGGAGUAAACACCGUGCGUGAGUAUAAGCUGACUAAAAAUGAUCAUUUUGAUAUUGAAGUUCAGACAUGGAGCGACGGGUCCACAUUUGCCGAUUUACUGUUGAAAAAAUCACUGGACAGAGAAGAUCAGGCUUUUCACAAUUUAAUACUCACCGCUAUCGACGGCGGAGACCCCGUUCAGUCCGGCACUGCGAGCAUCAUUGUCCGUGUUCUGGAUGCUAAUGAUAACGCCCCUCGGUUUGACCAGCAAACCUACAACGUGAGUAUAACCGAAAAUGCUUUGUUAGGAACUCUCGUAUUGAAAUUGAAUGCUACAGAUUUAGAUGAGGGAUCUAACGCGGAGAUCGUCUACUCCUUUGGGAGAUUCACAUCUGAAAAAGUGCAGGACGCAUUUACCUUGGAUUCCAAAACGGGCGAGAUCAAAGUAAAAGGCAUUUUAGAUUUCGAGGAAUACAACUAUUAUGAAUUAUACGUUCAAGCAAACGACAGGACACCGAAUGCAAUGGUCGGGCAUUGUAAAGUAGUUAUACAAGUAACAGAUACAAAUGACAAUCAGCCAGGCAUUAUUAUCACAUCUUUCAACAGUCCAGUUGCAGAAAAUAUCCCCGUCGGUACAGUGAUAGCAGUAUUUGGUGUGACUGAUUCAGAUUCCGGGGAGAAUGGGAAGGUUGACUGUAGGAUUUCUGAGACUCGAACGUUUAAACUGCACCAAUCCUUGGAAAACUAUUACGCGAUGGUGACGUCAGAACCACUAGAUCGUGAGACUACACCCGACUAUAACAUCACCAUCACCGUGAGAGACCGGGGAGUUCCUCCUCUGUCCACAAGCAAAACAUUGUCCUUAGAGCUUUUGGAUGUUAACGACAAUCCACCAAUAUUUAAAAAACGUUUAUAUUCUAUACACGUGAUGGAAAAUAAUAUGCCUGGGGAUCUGUUGACUUCUAUAGUUGCUUUUGAUCCGGAUUUAAACGAAAACAGGCAAAUUACGUAUUCUGUCGUGGAAAACGCAGGUGUGAAUGUGUCGGUAUCUCAAUUCUUCUCGCUCAAUCCAGAGAACGGUAAUAUAUACGCGCUCCAGUCUUUGGACUACGAAACGCAUAAGGAAUUUCAAUUCUUUGUUAAAGCUAAGGAUUCGGGAACUCCGCCCCUGAGUAGUAACGUUACUGUUCAUAUAAUUGUUUUGGAUCAGAAUGACAACAGUCCAGUUAUUGUUUCUCCAUGUUGGAUUAUAGGCAGUUGGCAACUAUAA